AUGGUUGUGGAUCUGCCCCCAAACAACGCCAGCCAUAGCGACAAGCUGCGGGCGCAAAGCAAAGUCUCUCCGGGGGGCUCCAGAAAAGCCCCCGCUCCAAUUCUCGCGGACUCGCCCGUCCUACAACAAAAACCGCUGUGCCCGACCGAUAAUCACAAUUCGUUGUCUGGGGCGUCCACCAGGAAGUCGAUUUUGCCGGCCAUUUCCUUGGGGGUGCUGCCAGUGCGCCGGUCGGGAUCGCCGGAGCGAAGGUUGCGGAUAAAGGAGCUCGAGCUGAAGCUUCCCCACCUGGGACCACUGGGUUUGUUGGAUUCGAAACAUGACUUGUCGAACAAAAGAACCAUUUCACACGGCCAAGGGCCUGGUCCGGCGGUCCCGGGUCUGGCUUCCCCUGAAAAGAACAGGAAAAGGGCCAGAUUCGCUAUUGCAGAUCUGCAGAUGCCCUUGGAAGACGCAAGGAUACCCACGUCGCCGCAGAUCGUAGCGGAUUCGCUAGACCGAAUCUCAAACACACUUUCGGCGACGGCCGUGGCGUUGCGCGACAUCAAAAACACACAGCAGGCGAUUUUGGCCGAGAUUCUGCAGUUGAAGCAAUCGGUGAGGAAGCUUGAAAAACAGUCUGAGGAAACAUAG